ACCGAACCUUUGAGGCCCGGGCCAAUCGCGAGGAGGCGAGGGGGUCCAGCGGCUGGCGCGCGAGGAGCCGGGCGCAGCGAGCGGGGCGCGGGGCGCGGGGCGCUGGUGGCGGCGAGCAGUGGACGGCGGUGAGUAGCGGCGCGAGCCGGCAUCUCCUGCCCAGCGCGGUGCGCCGCAGGCUCCACCAUGGAGCCCGCCGUGUCGCUGGCCGUGUGCGCGCUGCUCUUCCUGCUCUGGGUCCGCGUGAAGGGGCUGGAGUUCGUGCUCAUCCACCAGCGCUGGGUGUUCGUGUGCCUCUUCCUCCUGCCGCUCUCGCUCAUCUUCGACAUCUACUACAACGUGCGCGCCUGGGUGGUGUUCAAGCUCAGCAGCGCGCCGCGGCUGCACGAGCAGCGCGUGCGGGACAUCCAGAAGCAGGUGCGGGAAUGGAAGGAGCAGGGCAGCAAGACCUUCAUGUGCACGGGACGCCCUGGCUGGCUCACCAUCUCACUGCGGGUUGGGAAGUACAAGAAGACACACAAAAACAUCAUGAUCAACCUGAUGGACAUUCUGGAGGUGGACACCAAGAAACAGAUAGUCCGUGUGGAGCCCUUGGUGACCAUGGGCCAGGUGACCGCCUUGCUGACCUCCAUUGGCUGGACUCUGCCUGUGUUGCCCGAGCUGGAUGACCUCACAGUGGGGGGACUGAUCAUGGGCACGGGCAUCGAGUCUUCAUCCCACAAGUAUGGCCUGUUCCAGCACAUCUGCACCGCCUAUGAGCUGGUGCUGGCCGAUGGCAGCUUUGUGCGAUGCACACCGUCGGAAAACUCAGACCUGUUCUACGCUGUGCCCUGGUCCUGCGGAACCCUGGGCUUCCUGGUGGCCGCAGAGAUCCGCAUCGUCCCCGCCAAGAAGUAUGUUAAGCUGCGGUUUGAGCCUGUGCGCGGCCUGGAGGCCAUCUGUGACAAGUUCACCCGCGAGUCCCAGCGGCAGGAGAACCACUUUGUGGAAGGGCUGCUCUAUUCCCUGGAGGAGGCCGUCAUCAUGACAGGGGUCAUGACGGAUGAGGCAGAGCCCGGCAAGCUGAAUAGCAUUGGCAACUACUACAAGCCGUGGUUCUUCAAGCACGUGGAGAACUACCUGAAGACAAACCAAGAGGGCCUGGAGUUCAUCCCCUUGAGACACUACUACCACCGCCACACGCGCAGCAUCUUCUGGGAGCUCCAGGACAUCAUCCCCUUUGGCAACAAUCCCAUCUUCCGCUACCUCUUUGGUUGGAUGGUACCUCCCAAGAUCUCCCUCCUGAAGCUGACCCAGGGCGAGACCCUGCGCAAGCUGUACGAGCAGCACCACGUGGUGCAGGACAUGCUGGUGCCCAUGAAGUGCCUGCCGCGGGCCCUGCACACCUUCCACAACGACAUCCACGUCUACCCCAUCUGGCUGUGCCCGUUCAUCCUGCCCAGCCAGCCGGGCCUGGUGCACCCCAAGGGGGACGAGACCGAGCUCUAUGUCGACAUUGGCGCCUACGGGGAGCCGCGCGUGAAGCACUUUGAAGCCCGGUCCUGCAUGAGGCAGUUGGAGAAGUUCGUCCGAAGUGUGCACGGGUUCCAGAUGCUGUAUGCUGACUGCUACAUGGACCGGGAGGAGUUCUGGGAGAUGUUUGACGGCUCCCUGUACCACAGGCUGCGGAAGCAGCUUGGCUGCCAGGACGCCUUCCCCGAGGUCUAUGACAAGAUCUGCAAGGCUGCCAGGCACUGAGCCCGAGCCCGCCCAGAAGGAGGCGGACGCGAGGGCAGACCCUGUCUCCAGGGCCAGAAGCCAUCUUCCCUUCACUCAUGCUUGGCUGCUCUGCCAGACCCACCCUUUCAGAAAGAAACCCCUCCAGAAACCCCACCCAGAGGCCCACGGCAGCUUGCUCCCAGCUUCCAGGGGCAGCCGAGUGGAAAGGACGUGAGAUUUGGAGUCAGACAAACCCGACUCCAGUUCCCAGUUCAGCCACUCAUUAGCUGUGUGACUCUGGGCAAGUUACUCAGCCACUCUGAGCCCUGCUCCUCUGUUGAAAGUGGGGAAUGCUAUCUGCCUGCGGUUGUCUCUAAGCCAGGCGCCUGUCUCAGCGGAGGUGCUGGAGAAGUGGCAGCUGCUUUUUGCAUGGCCUCCUGCUCAGCGUCAUGUCGGACUAAAGUUCUUUGGAUUCAGUGGUUGAGUCUGGGAAGGCUCCAUGUUAGGUCACCUGGGCUCAGCUUUGGCUGAAGGGGUGCCUCCGAGUUGCACUGCCAUCACUUGUCAGCUGGAAGAGCUCCUUGCGGAGGGGAGGAAAGAAGGUUCCCCUCCAUCCCUGGGGUCUUGGGAGGGCAACAGAUGGGGCGGGCGGGCCCAAGAUGUGCUGUGCCAAAGCCAGUCUGAUUCCAAAGUUCUCUGUUGUCCUUGGUGAUGUCCUGCCGCUUCCUCCUUCAUGCUCGGGCUUGUGGGCCCACCACAGCCAUCUCCCGAGUCCACUUACAGAGGACCGUGCCCUUAGAGAAGACAUUUCAGGGUUGAAUCCUGUCCGGGCCUAAGCCUGGGACACCUGCCCAGGUGGGGUGAGUGGUUUCUGCUCUGAAUCGAAUCCAGAGAACCUGGGCUUAUUCUUGGCUUUCCACCCUCCAUGCCUCUUGUUCUCAGAACCCGCGUUGUCAUGGUGGGGCUGUGUCCUCAGCUCUACGGUGGGGGUGGGAGUCGGGGGUGGGACCACACCAAGAAGGAAGAUGGAGCCCACCAUCGCUAAGUUUCAUGGGGUUCCUCACGGCGGGGCUGAAAGAAAACAGCAUCAUGAUUUCUCCAACUACUCAUCCCCCCUGUUUUUUUCUGUCUCCCCCCGCCCCCAGCUGUAGUUAAUUUUAGUGCCUUACAAAUCCUAAGCUCAGAGAAAAGUUAGCUCCAUUUCCGUUCCAGAGGGAAGGAAACCUUUCUAGAUCCCUGCCCACCUAUUAAAGCUUGGUUGUUUAUGCAACUCCAUCUUAAGCACUGCCCAGCCUCAGCUGAACAUCCAGAAUCUGAGAGGAAAUUGUGUAAGGGAAGCGGGAAUUAAGUGAGCUGUGCCAGGCAGUGACAUUUUAGGAGAGAGAGAGCACUGCACCAGGAGCCAGGAGGCCUGGAUUUCAGUCCUCUCUGUUCUUUACGGGCUCUGUACCCGUGGGCAAGGCAUUUGUCCCUCUGAGCUGCAGUUUCCUCAUCUGUCAUCAGUGCACACAAGACCACCCGAGGCCCUCUUCGGCUUUAGAAGUGCACAGCUGUCUUAAACACCAUGAUUGCAAACCCCAUGAAAAGCCUCGUCUGUGCGGAAAGUCAGAGGGAAAAUAAAUGAACCAAGUGGACACUUGGGGGUUGUCUGCCAUUUAAGGUCCUUCCUUCAGCCCAAGGCCAGCUCUCAUCUUUUCAGGAAGGCGCAUCUAUGGCCUGCAAGUGUCAGUCUUGUCACCACAGGUUGCCAGAAUCCUCCCAGAGCCACACGUGGCCCUAGGAGUGCGGGGCGCAUUCAGGGCACUCAGAAGGCAGAGGAACCACUCUUCCCCAUUUGGCUUCUGGAGGGAGCAUAAAAUAAGAAACCUCAUUUUCUCGCUUGUAUGCAAAGCAUGUGAAUUCUGGCAUUAGCGCUCCUAGUGGGUCCAUGGGCUUCCCGCUCGGCUCUAAACUGAUGAUCCUACUUGCUGUAGAGGAAUGGUUAACCCAAGCUAGAUUAGCCCAACAGGUAGGGCCCCAUCCUUUCACCAGUGGGGCCUCUGUCCCUGGGCCCCCAGGAGAGUGGCCAGAGAUGCCAGCAGCCCCUGUUGUCCUUAGUCCCACAAACCAAAAUUCUGCCCCUCACAGACCUCACCCGGAACCUGGGGCUUGGAUGGGAGGGUCUUGGGAAUCACCCCAGCCUCAGGUUAGUGUUUUGCUUCAGUGAUAUCUUGCCUAGAAAGGGGCAGUCUUCCAAGCAUGCCAAGCUGAGUUACCAGCUCUUCCUUGCAGCCAGUCUUGUCACUAUCCAUCCAUGUGGUGGUUUCAGGUGGAAUUAAACUUGGCAUGUGGCGGUGGGGGGGGGGGGGGGGGGGGGGAGGGGGAUGGGCAGCGCGUGUGGAAAGUGUUAAGAAGAGGCCUCUCCCUUCCAGAACCCCGAGUUUCUUGGCUGCAUGAAGGUUUUCUGUAAAAUCCUGAUUCUAGCCAGCUUCUUUGGCUGGAAGGAUGCACAAUUUAAUUAGCUGUUACUGAAAGGGAAGGGAGGGGGUGGGGUGGCAGUGUAUGGUGUGUGAUUUUUAGCUUUCUCCUUAAUCAUGGGGGCCACGGGAAAAGCAUGGGUCCCCCGGCAGGCUCUUGCAGCUGCAGGCACUGUGCCUACUGUCCCAACACUUCAUGUCCCUGCGGCCGUUGCUUCUGUAAAAAUAAAAGUGUGACCUGGAAA